AUGGAGUCCCUCUCAUCUACUCCCGAUUUACUCUCCCCGCGAACCCCCGAACUCAACGCCGACCAGGGUCACCUCAUCGUCGUCUCCAACCGCCUCCCAAUUACCAUCACUAAAGAUGCCGCAGGCGAGUACCAUUUCAAGAUGUCCUCUGGAGGCCUCGUCUCCGCCCUAUCGGGCUGUAAAAAGUCCAUGACCUUCACCUGGAUCGGUUGGCCGGGCUUUUUCAUUCCUCCCAAAGACCGUCCCCUCGUCGACCGUCGCCUCAUGGAAGAGUACUCCUGCCAAGCCGUGUACCUCGAUGACGAUGUGGCGGACAGACAUUACAACGGUUUCAGCAACUCUAUCCUUUGGCCGCUCUUCCACUACCAUCCUGGUGAAAUGAAUUUUGAGGAGGAGAACUGGCUCGCGUACCGGCAAGCAAACAUGGCGUUCGCACAGUCUAUUAUGAAGCAGCUCUCUCCCGGAUCAAUGGUCUGGGUGCAGGACUACCAUCUCAUGCUUCUUCCGAUGCUCCUCCGCACUCUCAUCGACGGGCCUCAGAACGUUGGUCAGACGACGGGCGUUGAGUUGGAGCAUAUACUCGAGGGAAUUGAAAUGGACGAUGGCGCUCCACCGCAUUUCGCUAACGUCAAGAUUGGGUUCUUCCUUCACACGCCUUUCCCGUCCAGUGAGAUAUACAGGAUCCUUCCCGUCCGUCGCGAAAUCCUGCUGGGUAUCCUGUUUUCAGAUCUCAUCGGCUUCCACACCUACGACUACGCGCGUCAUUUUCUCUCGUCGUGCACGCGCAUACUUGCCCUCCCAACCAUGCCCAACGGUGUGGAAUUUGAGGGUCGCCUUGCGCAUGUCGGAACAUUCCCCAUUGGUAUUGACCCAGCGUCCUUCAUCGAGAAUUUGAAGAAGGAAGGUGUACAGAAGCGUAUAGAGCAGCUGCAGAAAAGAUUCGGCGAUGUUAAGGUCAUCGUGGGUGUAGAUCGUUUGGACUACAUCAAGGGUGUGCCGCAAAAGCUCCAUGCACUAGAGCUAUUCCUCAGUCAACAUCCCGAAUGGAUUGGUAAAGUCGUUCUGGCUCAGCUCGCUGUACCUUCGCGUCAAGACGUCGAGGAGUAUCAAAACCUUCGCGCCACUGUUAACGAGCUCGUGGGACGGAUCAAUGGUCGUUUUGGCACGGUGGACUUCGUUCCGAUUCAUUUCAUGCACAAGAGUUUGCCCUUCGAUGAGCUCUGUGCGCUAUAUGCAGUCAGUGAUGUCUGCUUGGUGAGCUCGACGAGAGAUGGUAUGAACCUGGUCUCCUACGAAUAUAUUGCAUGCCAGCAAGAACGUCAGGGAGUGAUGAUAUUGUCAGAGUUUGCCGGUGCAGCGCAGAGCUUGAAUGGUAGCCUUGUUGUGAACCCUUGGGACUCCCAAGAAGUUGCGGACGCGAUCCAUCAAGCAGUCACUAUGGAUGCCGAGACAAGAGCAGAGAAUCACAGAAAACUGUUCAAGUACGUCAACAAGUACUCUGCUGCGUUCUGGGGUACAUCAUUUGUACGCGAAAUGACGAAGCUCCAAACCCCUGAAUCUCAAUCCGCGGAGACGCAGAAAGGUGGGCAGGCCGAGCUCAACGUCAGGCGUGAGGAUCUGAAGGGCAGCAAAGUCGUUGACGGAUUCGUGCCGAUGACGCCCCCGGUGAAUGCACCUGCACCUGCGAACCACGCAUAA